UUGGUUAUUUAAGCCUGUGUAACAUCAGAAACAGGAUGUCAAUAUCCACGACUAAAGGUGCCGGCGCACGUGGGGAGCCGCUGUACCAGGUGGCGUCUGGGGUGGGGUCGAUGAAGCGCAGCCUGAAGAAGAUGUUGCGCCCGGGGGAGAAGAAGGAGUCCCAAGGCGUAGUCUACCAGGGCGUGCAGGACGACAUGGACGACUCCAAAGAAUCGCUGAAGGUAGUUUUUGAAGGAAGUUCAUGUCGGAUGAAAAACUUAAUCAAGAGACAAAAGAGCAUAAGUGGCAAGAAUGAGAGGAACGCCUCCCCUUUGCAUCAUGCUGCAGCAGAAGGUGAAGUUGAGCUGAUGGAGAUGAUCAUCAAAGAUUCCUCUUGUGAAGUGCUGAACUCAAUGGACGAUUACGGAAAUACCCCUCUGCACUGGGCUGCAGAAAAAAACCAGGUCGAAAGCGUUAAGUUUCUUCUUAGCAAAGGAGCGAAUCCAAACCUUCGAAACUGCAACAUGAUGGCAGCCCUUCAUAUUGGCGUGCAGGCCAUGUACAAUGAGGUGGUGAAGGUCUUGACAGAGCAUAGCAGUAUUAAUAUUAAUUUGGAAGGAGAAAAUGGAAACACAGCUGUGAUAAUGGCAUGCACCAAAGAUAAUAGUGAAGCACUGCAAAUUUUGCUUAAUAAAGGAGCUAAUCAAUGUAAACCAAAUAAAUGGGGAUGCUUCCCUGUUCACGAGGCUGCAUUCUCAGGUGCCAAAAAGUGCAUGGAAAUAAUACUGAAGCACGGUGAGGAACAUGGGUACAGCAGAGAGUGUCACAUUAACUUUGUGAAUAACGGGAAAGCCAGCCCUCUCCACCUGGCUGUUCAAAGCGGCGACUUGGAAAUGAUCAGAAUGUGCCUGGACAACGGUGCCCACAUAGAACUGAUGGAGGAUGGGAGGUGCAUGGCCCUUCAUUUUGCUGCCACCCAGGGAGCCACUGAGAUUGUCAAACUGAUGAUAUCAUCCUACUCUGGUAGCACUGAUAUUGUAAAUGCAGUUGAUGGAAAUCAUGAGACCCUGCUGCACAGAGCCUCAUUGUUUGAUCACCACGAACUAGCAGACUACUUAAUUUCAGUGGGUGCAGAUGUUAAUAUUAUUGAUUCCGAAGGACGUUCUCCACUUAUAUUAGCAACUGCUUCCGCAUCUUGGAACAUUGUAAAUUUACUACUCUCUAAAGGUGCCCGUGUAGACAUAAAAGAUCAUUUUGGACGUAAUUUUUUGCAUUUGACUGUACAGCAACCUUACGGAUUAAACAAUUUGCGGCCUGAGUUUAUGCAGAUGCAGCAGAUUAAGGAGCUGGUGAUGGAUGAAGACAAUGAUGGAUGCACUCCCCUGCACUAUGCAUGCAGACAGGGGGUUCCCGUCUCCGUCAAUAACCUACUUGGCUUUAAUGUGUCCAUUUAUUCCAAAAGCAAAGACAAGAAAUCACCUCUGCAUUUUGCAGCCAGUUAUGGGCGUAUCAAUACCUGCCAGAGGCUCUUGCAAGACAUAAGCGAUACGAGGCUUUUGAACGAAGGUGAUCUUCAUGGAAUGACUCCGCUCCACCUGGCAGCAAAAAAUGGACACGAGAAGGUAGUGCAACUUCUCUUGAAGAAAGGUGCCUUAUUUCUCAGUGAUAACAAUGGCUGGACUGCUUUGCAUCAUGCGGCCAUGGGCGGGUACACUCAGACCAUGAAGGUCAUUCUUGAUACUAAUUUGAAGUGCACUGAUCGGCUUGAUGAAGAAGGGAACACGGCGCUUCACUUUGCCGCAAGGGAUGGCCACGCCAAAGCUGUCGGGCUGCUUCUGAGCCACAAUGCUGACAUAGUCCUGAACAAGAAGCAGGCGUCCUUUGUGCACCUCGCACUUCACAAUAAGAGGAAAGAGGUGGUCCUCACAGCCAUCAGGAGCAAAAGAUGGGAUGAAUGUCUUAAAGUUUUUAGUCACCAUUCUCCAUGCAAUAGAUGUCCGAUCACGGAAAUGAUAGAAUACCUUCCUGAAUGCAUGAAAGUUCUUUUAGAUUUCUGCAUGCUGCAUUCCACAGAGGACAAGUCCUGUCGAGAUUACCAUAUUGAAUAUAAUUUCAAAUAUCUUCAGUGUCCAUUAGAAUUCACCAAAAAAAUGAAACCUUUACAAGCUGCUGCCUACGAGCCUCUCACGGCCCUAAAUGCAAUGGUUCAACAUAGCCGCAUAGAGCUUCUCAAUCAUCCUGUGUGUAAAGAAUACUUACUUAUGAAAUGGAUGGCUUAUGGAUUUAGAGCCCAUAUGAUGAACCUAGGAUCUUACUGUCUUGGUCUCAUACCUAUGACUCUUCUUGUUGUCCAUAUAAAGCCAGGAAUGGCUUUCAACUCAACUGGAAUCAUCAAUGAAACUAGCAAUCACUCAGAAGUAUUAGACAGCACGAAUUCAUAUCCAAUAAAAGUGUGUAUGAUUUUAGUUUUUUUAUCAAGCUUAUUUGGGUACUGCAAAGAAGUGGUCCAAAUUGUUCAACAGAAAAGGAAUUACUUAUUGGAUUUUAAUAAUAUCAUUGAAUGGAUUAUCUACACAACAAGCAUCAUUUUUGUGUUGCCCUUGUUCAUUGAUAUACCAGCUCAUGUGCAGUGGCAAUGUGGAGCAAUAGCCAUAUACUUUUACUGGAUGAAUUUCUUGUUGUAUCUGCAAAGAUUUGAAAAUUGUGGAAUUUUCAUUGUCAUGUUGGAGGUAAUUAUGAGAACUUUGUUGAGAUCUACAGUCGUAUUCGUCUUCCUUUUUUUGGCUUUUGGACUCAGUUUUUAUGUCCUCCUGAAUUUACAGGAUGCCUUCAGCUCUCCGUGGCUGUCCAUCAUACAGACCUUCAGCAUGAUGCUGGGAGAUACCAAUUAUCAGGAUGCCUUCCUAGAACCGUUUUUGAGAAAUGAGUUGGCUUAUCCCUUUGUGUCCUUUGCACUACUCAUUACCUUCACAAUAUUCGUCCCAAUCGUCCUCAUGAAUUUACUCAUUGGUCUGGCAGUUGGUGACAUUGCUGAGGUCCAGAAACAUGCCUCACUGAAGAGGAUUGCUAUGCAGGUGGAACUUCAUACCAGCUUAGAGAAGAAGCUGCCACUAUGGUUCCUACGCAAAGUGGAUCAGAAAUCGACCAUCGUCUAUCCCAACAAGCCCAGGUCUAGCGGAAGGUUAUUCCAUUUGUUUUGCUAUUUAUUUUGCAACCAAGAAACAAGACAAGAAAUACCAAAUGCUGAUACGUCUUUGGAAAUGGAAAUAUUAAAGCAGAAAUACAGGCUGAAGGAUCUCACUUUUCUUCUGGAAAAACAGCAUGAGCUCAUUAAACUCAUCAUUCAGAAAAUGGAGAUCAUCUCUGAGACAGAGGAUGAAGAUACCCAUUGUUCUUUUCAAGAUAAGUUUAAGAAAGAGCAGUUGGAACAGAGGCGCAGCAAAUGGAAUUCUGUGUUAAGAGCAGUCAAGGCAAAAACACAGCAGCCUGAGCAUUAGUUAGCAAGAUCUUUAAUGGGGCUUCUGAUGGAGAGUUCGUAUGACCUGCUGGGUCUAAUUUCUAAUUUGAAAAGAGUGAGAAAGAAACAGAAAUCAGACUGGUUUUACUACAUGUGAAAUUGUGGCUCUUGCAUUCUAUGUAAAAGUUAAACUAUUUCCUCUCUUUUCAUGUUUUCUGUCAAUCAUUAUACAUUGGGAAUAUCCUUACAGAUAUGUUCACUUUAAUGAGAGGUCAUCUCAUUUUUUAAAUGGGUAGAAAACUAAUUUGCUAGAGCACACAUUUUAAUGGUAAUGGGUAAUAACUAUUAAGCUAGAAUUCAAAUGCCAAUACUGAAUUCCUGCUUGAUAAUUAUAUCAUACAAUGUGUGAUGCCUUAGAAAAAUCAUCUCAAGUAUUAGUAAUGCCUUAGAUAAUAGUCUCAAGUAUUAGAUUGAAUGUAGCCAGUUAGAAAGUGUCCUUGUGUUGGAAGAACCUGCGGGUGGCACCCUCUGCACUCUUCUGUCCCUACCAUGAUGAUCAGCCCCGCUCUGAUUGCUGCUUCCAGUACACCUGGUGUCACUUUGAACUUUAUAGUUAAGGUCAAAUUAGUGGACUUUAUGAUAGGCAUGAAUGUUACUAUAGAUAAUAUGUUAUUUCUGUAUUUUUUGUUUGCCAAAGAU